AUGGAGUGCAGUGCAAAAAAUAUUACAAAUAUUCAAGAUAUUUUAAAUGAGAAACAAUUGGAACAUAUUUUGAGUAAAGUAGCUAAACCGGGAGCUAAAAUUGUUGGCUAUGAUCUGAAAUCAGCUUCGGCGGGUCUUGUUGGAUUCCUUGGGGACCAUUUAAGACUUAAGCUUUACGUCAAGGAGGACUUAAUUAAGGAGAUACAUUUGUUUAUAAAAAGUUUACCAAUGAAUAACCAACCGAAGGCUGACUUUAUUACACAAAAUAGUUUUAACAAGAGAGAGGCUUUACUUUAUAAGAUCUUUGAAGAGAUAGAUGAUGAGACAUGUGAUUCAAACCCUUGGAGACCGAAAGCUUAUAUUUAUACGGAUAAUAUUUUGGUGAUGCCUGACCUCGGCGCAGAAGGAUACAAAUCUUACCCUUCUUCGAAAUAUCUUGACAAAAAUCAUGUUAUGGUUACUGCAACAUCCAUUGCUCGCUUCCACGCGGCCUUCGCCAACUAUGAGACGAAGAAAACCGUUCUUGAAAAUAAGCCUUAUAAUUUUUUCGACGAAUAUGGUCAUGUCAUGACUGAACCAGUAUUUUACGAUACGCCAUGGUUAAGAGCCGCUGCUAAAUUAACUAGCAAUUUGCUAAAGGAAUUUUCCACAAAUUCUAAAUGUUAUCCAAGUGAUUUAGAAGAGAGGUUAGUUGACUUGUAUAUCAGGGCCUGUGAUGAUAUAAAAUAUUACGAAGGUACUUUAAAUGUACUUAUUCAUAAGGAUUUGUGGUUCAAUAACAUUUUGUUUCGUUAUUCUGGAGACGUAGCCACUAACGCCGUGCUAAUAGACUUUCAAUGCAUGCGGUUUGCUCCACCAGCCUUCGACAUGAUGCUGUUUCUGCAUUUAACAACUACUAGAAGUUUUCGAGAGCGUCACGAAAGCGAAGUGCUCCGUCAUUAUUAUACAGUUUUCUCAGAAUCGUUGGAUGAUGAUACGAAGCGAAGAAUGGUUUCACUGAAUUAUGAUCUUGAAAAUUUUUUGGCCUGGUGUGAGAAAGCUCGGCUGUUUGGGAUGCUAUUAGCAGCGGCAAUAUUCCCGUACUCAUUAAUGGAUCCAGUAACAGCUAAGAAGACGUUUGAUGAUCCGGAAACAUUUACGUAUCUUUUGGAAGUAGAUCGAUCCGUGCCAGUAAUAGAACACGCCAAAGAAAGCAACGUGUAUAGAAUCAAACAGUUGGAACUAUCCGAAGAAAUAGUCGAAAAAUAUUUGUUAAGACGUUAA